CUCUCUCUCUCUCUCUCUCUCCUCGCAAGUUGCGAUUCCCAAAUCCCAAUGCCACCUCGCAAUUAACACCUCCUGCGGCGGCACACAGCCUGCCUCCACCCCCCGCGCGCCCUGCCAUCGCCCCCCGGCCGGCGCCCAUGACGUCAUCGUCGUCGCACCACCACGACGCCUCCUCGGCCACCUCCACCCCCCGCGCCGGGGCCGGCAGCACCGCCAGCAGCAACGGCAACGGCAACGGCAGCGGCAACGGCGGUGGCGCCGGCUACCACCACCCGCCUCCUCCGCGGGCGCAGGCGCAGCCGCACGGGGCCGCGUGCGUGCGCCUCAUGUGCAGCUUCGGCGGCCGCAUCCUGCCGCGCCCGGGCGACCACCGGCUCCGCUACGUCGGCGGCGAGACCCGCAUCGUCUCCGUCCCGCGCACCACCUCCCACGCCGUCCUCUUCGCCGCGCUCGCCAAGCUCGCCCCCGCGCUCUUCGUCCCCGGAGAGCCCACCCCGGCGCUCAGGUACCAGCUCCCGCACGACGACCUCGACGCGCUCAUCUCCGUCUCCUCCGACGACGACGUCGACAACCUCAUGGAGGAGCUCGACCGCGUCCACAGCCUCGCCGCCACCGCCAUCAAGCCGCCCCGCCUGCGCCUCUUCCUCUUCGCCGCCUCGCCGGACCACUCCCCCGCGGGCGCGUUCGGCUCCGUGCUCUCCGGUGUCGGCGACGCCUCCUCCGACCAGUGGUUCGUCGACCAGCUCAACGCCCCCCCGCCGGGUUCCAUCGAGCGCGGCCGAUCCGAGGCCUCGUCGAUCGUCUCGGAGGUCCCGGACUACCUCUUCGGCUUCGACACGACCUCCGAGGAGCCCAGCCCCGGCGCGGGUGCGCAGCCCAAGUCUGACGCGGAGGUGGCGCAAGGCGACGACGACGACGACGCGCCGGCUCCCGUGCUGGGCGCUCCUCUGGUGCCAUACGUCCCGGAGAGCGCCCCGUGGCCGGCCCCGCCUCCACCGUACAUGGCGCAGCCGGUGUUCUACGUGCCCGUGCGCCCGGUCCAUUACCUCAACGCGGCUGGACACGGCGGCUACAUGCCCGGGCCGGUUUACCACAUUGUCGGUGGAGGGAGAAACGAAGGCCCGGGAGAUCUCUACUCGUCUGAGGGCGUCGGUGGCGUCUACGGCGUCCCCCGCUCCAUGCCGCCAUUCCGUCAGGUGAUGUACGCGCCGCCACCCGCCACGGAAGCCUACUCGGUGGAGGGGAAGCCGCCGGAAGGUGAGUCCCACUCUCCGUAGGCGCAAGGGGAGGAAGAGUCAUGGCCGUGGUAGAUUCUGAUGAUCGCAUGGGCUGUUCCUGAAGCCGGUUAAUUCUGAUGAUCGCUUAUAUUUGAGCUAAGAUUUUUGCAUUGCCGUGGUAAAUGUUCACUGUUUCUGCUGGGGUUACUCUUGGUAGCUGUAUAGAUGAGGGAGGUGGAGGAUGGAUGGGUCAUGGAUAUCACAAUUUUCGUCGAGUGAAAUAGAUUCUUGAAUUGUUAUUAUGUGAGUACAUUUGGUGUGAUUAGUACUAGCAAGUUUACUGUAAUGUGGGAUUGGAUUCAUAUAUAUUCUACUAGAAGAUUUUUUAUCUGCGAAACACAAUGUUUCUGCAUUUUGUAUUCAUAUGCUUGAUGCUGGAUGUAUCAUGGUCCAUGAAUGUCCUAUAUAUCUACUCUAGCUUUGAUGCGAAUGUUUGCGCA